CUGUCACUGUACACACACAUACACAGACUCUGUGGGUCAGUAGGACUGGGUUUCCUGCGCAUGUGCGUCUUCUUUUCUUUUCGUGUAACAGGGUGAAUACUGAUGAUGCACAGCCUGGAGGAUUUUCUCUUCUCCCUGCCUCACACACACACACACGCACGCACACACACACAGCCUCUCCGUCAUCUCCCUCCUCUCUCUCUCCUCUUAUUGUCAGACGAUUUACCGUUGCUUGUACCCUGGUGCAGCACACCGCUGGUUUUGCCGCCAUUUUCUUGCUUCACCUAUUGGCUGUGCUGCAGAGCCCGGCUCUCCGCUCUCAUUUUGACACGUUUCAGAGACGACGCGCUGUCUCUGAAUUGACCAACAACACCUUAUAGCUGUGGUGGCUUCAAGGGCUUGUUCUUUCUUUCUUUCUUUUUUUUUUUUUGAAGAACGUUUUGUCUUUUUUCUCCAACAUCCACGUGGCGUUCAUGGAAGUCUGUAAUAGUAGAUCUGUGUCACAGUCAAAUCAAGGAAACGUGGUGGAUCUCAUCUGAACAAAGGGAAGGAAGCAACAUGACGACCGUGGAUUUGGACCAGGAGAAGAAAAACUGGGCCGGACUUUUAUAACUCGGGCUGAUUGGUUAGAGCUGAGCACAGUUUUUCAGAGAAGCCCCUUUCACACCAGAGACUUCAGCACUCCAGAGGACAACCAGAGACAAUGCUAUGGUCUCCCAGACUCUCACUGUCCAACUUCCACGUGAAGCUGACAGCCAAAGGUCUUUUCCGGAAUCUUCAGCUGCUGUCGGGAUGCAGGAAGAACACGGUGGUCUUCCACGCAGUGGAUAAAAACAAACCGAGGGAGGCUCCGCCGAGACCCACCAACGCUAACAGCUCCAGCAGCAGCAGCUCACUGGUCCCAGCAACAGCAGGAGCAACAACAACAGCAGCAGCAUCAUCAGUAUUAGCAUCGGUGGGGGGAACCAGCGGGAAUCAGCAGCGUCUAGGACUGAAUGUGGUCAAUCCCAAUCCUCCAGUAACUCCAGUUCUGGUAAAUGAAGUCAGCAGUACUGGCUCAGCCACCGCCGGAGCCUCAGGACUGGGCUUGAAACCAAGAACGGGGACACGGUCUUGCCCUAAAUCUGGAUCCCGCCUUCACAAUGUUUCCAAAGCUAGUGCCCAGAGAGCCUCGGGGGUGGACGGCACCGUGGUCACUGCUAAACAGAACCAGAACCGAGAGCAAGCGGAGAAGAAGAACCAGGCCAUCGGUCAGCUGAGGAGGCUGCUGGUUCAGGGGAACAGGAAGGUGGAAGCUCUGGCUACAGUCAUCCAACAUCUCUUCUCUGAACGUGAAGAGUCGCUGAAGCAGAGGAAGGAGCUGUCUGUGGAGCUGCAGAAACUACAGGAGCAACUGGUGGCGUCAAAGCAGAGCUGCGAGCAUCUGCAGAAGGAGAGGGAGGAGGCGCGUGUCAACCUAGAGGAGUCUUUGAGAAGGCAAGAGGAGGAGCACAGGGAGGCGCUGGUGCAGCUGGAGGACAGACUGAAGAGUUUCUACCAAACAGAGUGGGACAAGGUUCACCAGACGUACCAGGAGGAGGCUGACAAAUGUCGCCUGUUGAUGGAACAGCAGGUAGAGGAGUUGAGGAUGGUUCAUAACCAGAUGAUGGAGUGUGUCAGACAGCAGUAUGAGGCGUCUAUAGAAGAGCUGAAGCAGAUCCAGCAGACAGAUGUGGAGAGUCUACAGAGAACCCUGGCACAGACUGAAGUUUCUCUCUCCGAGAGAAUCUGUGAGCUGUCUGCUGAGAAGGAGGCGCUGGGGGAGAGGCUACAGGAGGAGGAGGAGCGAAGGAGACGGAUACUCACAGAUAAGAAUCUGAAGGACUCCCACACUCUGUACUUGGAGCAGGAGCUGGAGAGUCUGAAGGUGGUGCUGGACAUGAAGAACAACCAGCUGCACCAGAAGGAGAAAAAACUGAUGGAGAUGGAGAAGCUGGUGGAGACGAAUGUGAAAUUAGAAGAGUGUCUGAAGAAGGUGCAGCAGGAGAACGAGGACUUCAAGGCCAGGAUGGACAAACACGCCGCUCUGUCCAAACAGUUGUCCAACGAGCAGGCCAUACUCCAGCAGACGCUGCAGAAAGAGUCCAAGGUCAACAAACGUCUGUCCAUGGAGAACGAGGAGCUGCUGUGGAAACUGCACAAUGGAGACCUGCUGGCCAGUCCCCGUCGUCCCUCACCCACCUCCCCCUUCAGCUCGCCCAGGAACUCGGCCUCCUUCCCCACAGCUGCACCCUUAUCUCCCAGAUAACCUGAGAGCAGACGAGAGCCACCUCCUACCCUGACACCGACGCUCCUCAUCAGCCCUGAAUGGAUGGAGGAGAUGUUUGAACCAGAGCAGUGUUGGGGACUGAUCAUGUGAUCAACCUGUACAGUUAUUUGAAAUAUUUUGCAGCCUUUGGCACUGAUGCACUUCGGCCUGAGCAGAGCAGCCACCUGACUCUCUGUCUCCCCCUAAAGCCUGGUUCGAACACACGCACAUACAUCACACGAACCUGCAGACACACACCUCCGAGUGAGGACUGCCUGGUUGGUUUGUUGAAUGCUCAGGCCUUGGGUCAGAGAUGUGGGUGUGUGUGUGGGAUCAUUGGAACAGUCCCUCUUUGUUUGAGCUUUGGGGAAAAUUCAGGAAAUCACAAACACUUUCUCACUGGAUUUGUCUGAAGAAGAGAUGUUUCGUUUCCUUUGUGGCCAAAGAGCGGAGUUCAAUCACUGAUCUUCUCUGGACCUUUGAUGGAUUUUGAUCCCAAUGAAACUGAACACGUGUCGCCGACGUCAACCUUUCAAUCAUUGGAUUUUUGGUUGCUCUGCAUAAGCUCCUCACAACGUCUACCUUGUUCUUUCUACUACAUAGAAUGUACUGGACACACACACACACACAGCUGCUGCUGCUUCACAAAGUCAAGGUGAGGAUGUUAGAGCCAGUGUUCUCCUCAGAGACUUAAAGUCCCCCUGACCAUGGGGUUACAGCUGAUCAGUAACAGGGCAGAUGUUUCUUUCCUGUUAGUGUGAUUUCUGACUGGAAAUUAAUUUUCAUGUGUGCCAGUCGGGGCGUGGGGGAGGAUGUGGGUGCAUCUUAGAAGGAUCCUUGACAUUGUGAAGCACCAACUACUACAGCUAAGUGUUUGCAGUUAAGAGGAGGGCGCUGGAGCUCAGCUUCGUUUCCCUCAACUAAAACGAGGUAGAACUGGAAAUGUGACUGAGCAUGAGCUCAGGUGUGUGUGUGUGUGUUCUCAUACUGGACACUCACUUCAUCCCUGGUCCUUUGGUGAACAUUUAAUCGAGGAGAUACAGGGAAUGUUUUACUGGAUUGAAAUUAUGCUUUUGUUCUAAAACAACCCCCACCUCUGCCUACCAAUUGGUCCUUAACUGUGAGAAGAUAAAAUAUAAAAAAAGAAAGAAAUACCCAAUUGGUGUAUUGUUUGUACCUUUGUUUUGUUUUCUGUUCAGACCACAUAAACCUUGUAUCAAAAGUUUAUAUAAUAUACAAAGACUUUAGGGUAGAUUUGCAGCUAAAUAUACAUUUUAGGGUAACAACUAGUAAAGUAACAUACUAAACCAAUCAUUUUCUGAAAGAGUCUUAAACACUUCAUAAAAAAUAAUUAAAAUGCACUCAAGGUUGAAGAGUUCUGGUGGUGGUGUUCUAUCCCCACCACCAAUUAGAACUCUUCAAUCUUGACCUUUACCUGGAUGACUGAGAAUCUUCCCAGACAUAAAAUGCACCCAUUUCCCAUAAAAAAAUUAGCUAUUUGAUUUUGUUUAAAAUUCAGAAAAAAAGAAAAUUCUGCACGUCAACCUUUGAUCAUAGUAUACUAAUGAUUUCCUGAAAAACUCAAAACCCAAAAAUUACAUUUAAAAUAAUUAGCUUUUUAUCAUUACAAUUUAGAGAAUAAAUCAAAUAUUGUUUUGCUGUCAAAACAAAAUGCUAAGUUUCCCUUAGAACUUCACAAAACUAGAAAUUAUAGAAACUGUUCGUAGAUUGUUAUUGAAAUUAGACUCUAAUUACAUUAUUCCAGUUGUUUUGGAAUAAUGUUAACUAUUUACAACAUAGCACAUUUUUCUUAAAUUAAUUGAUCUACCAAAUAAAAUAAAGUUGUGAUUCACACUGA